UGUUGUCACUGUUCUUUUGAGGCCAUUUUUCUUGUUAUAUAAGAAUAUGGCAAUUGAGCAGCACAGGGAUGUGGAGAGUGGUGAAGCCACCAAGCUCCACUGUUUACAAGAGCCCUUCAUUCAACCAGAGGAGGCUAAGCAUGGGGAAAACAAUGGAUCCAUUAGAAUGGUUUUGCUUAGCACACUUGUUGCUGUUUGUGGUUCUUUCACAUUUGGAACUUGCGUGGGGUAUUCAGCACCAACUCAAGCAGCUAUAAGGGAAGAUCUUAAUCUAUCUCUUGCUGAGUUUUCAUUGUUUGGUUCUUUAGUAACCAUUGGUGCAAUGCUUGGGGCUAUGACCAGUGGCCGGAUUACAGAUUUCAUUGGCCGAAAAGGGGCUAUGAGGAUUUCAACAGGUUUUUGCAUUACAGGAUGGGUAGCUGUCUUUUUCUCAAAGAGUUCUUACUCCCUUGACUUGGGAAGAUUUUCCACAGGGUACGGCAUUGGAAUUAUCUCAUACGUGGUUCCUGUGUACAUAGCAGAAAUAGCUCCCAAACAUCUUCGAGGAGGACUUGCAACAACAAAUCAGCUUUUGAUUGUUACUGGAAUGUCUGUUUCAUUCUUAAUAGGAAGUGUCAUGAAUUGGAGACAGCUUGCACUAGCGGGGCUAGUACCUUGCAUUUGCUUGGUGAUUGGUUUGUGCUUUAUUCCUGAGUCCCCAAGAUGGCUGGCAAAGGUUGGCCGUGAAAAAGAAUUUCAACUUGCUUUAAGGAGUCUUCGGGGUAAAGAUGUGGAUAUUUCUCAUGAAGCUGCUGAAAUUCUGGAUUAUAUUGAAACUUUUCAAAGCCUUCCAAAGACUAACCUGUUGGAUUUGUUCCAAAGCAAAUAUGUGCGCUCGUUGGUUAUUGGGGUUGGGUUAAUGGCAUGUCAACAAUCUGUUGGAAUUAACGGCAUAGGAUUCUACACAGCUGAAACUUUUGUAGCAGCUGGAUUUUCUUCAGGAAAAGCUGGAACCAUAGCAUAUGCUUGUAUGCAGGUUCCAUUUACUAUAUUGGGAGCAAUUUUGAUGGAUAGGUCUGGAAGAAGGCCUCUUAUAAUGGUUUCUGCAAGUGGGACAUUCUUAGGUUGCUUCAUAGCAGGAAUUGCUUUCUAUCUCAAGGACCAAAGCUUAUUACUUGAGUGGGUACCUAUAUUAGCAGUUUCUGGCGUGUUGAUCUAUAUAGCAGCAUUUUCAAUUGGAAUGGGACCAGUUCCUUGGGUGAUAAUGUCUGAGAUCUUUCCCAUAAACGUGAAAGGAACUGCUGGAAGCUUGGUGGUUUUGUUGAAUUGGUUAGGAGCUUGGAUAGUUUCAUAUACUUUCAACUUUCUUAUGAGUUGGAGUUCUCCAGGUACUUUGUUUUUGUAUGCUGGAUUUUCCCUCUUAACUAUUCUGUUUGUCGCAAAAUUAGUCCCAGAAACCAAAGGAAAAACAUUGGAAGAGAUCCAGGCUUGCAUUAGUUCAUAGAGAGAAAGAAAGUUUCCACCAUUUAUCAAAUUCUUUUGGAUCCAUUUAGGAUUCUCAAGGCAUCAAAUAACAGAUUGUGCCAUAUCCAUUUUUUUUUGCUGCAUAGUAAUAACAUAUCGUUAGCAUAUCUGAUAAGAAAAGAAAAAAAAAAACAUAUUCUGUAACACUGCCUCUUCUGAUUCUUUUAAUGGAUAUUCUUGUGAGUAA